AUGGCCGAGGCGGGCGUGGAGGGAUGUCCCAAGCGAGGCACGAUUUUCUGCUCGGACAGGCGUGGGUUUCGUGCAUCGUCCCCGGCAACCAAGUCACCAGAGGGGGAGGUUUUUUGCACGUCACGAAAUGACCUUCAUACCUACUUUGCCAGGUAUACUCAGAAUGUAACAGUUUCGGGCACACACACGCGCGCAGGCACACACACACAUUGCGUUCCAGUCUGGAGGGAUUAACUAAAAGCUUCCACUUGCCUUCCUCUGUAGAAACAGCUCCAAUGUGCGACUCCUCACACACCGUACUUCGAUGAGCCACAACUUUCCAUCCAUCCACAGCAAAGAGCCAUUGAUUAAAACCUUAAUGUAGACAAGGUGAUAAAAUGCUAAAGGUUGGUUCUCCUGAGUGGCGCUGCGGUCUAAGGCACUGCAUCACAGUGCUUGAGGCACCACUACAGACUCGGGUUCGAUCGCCGGCUGUCACAGCCGGCCGUGACCGGGAGACCCAUGAGGCGGCGCACAAUUGGCCCAGCAUCGUCCAGGUUAGGGGCGGGUUUGGCCGGCCGGGAUUUCCUUGUCCCAUCGUGCUCUAGUGACUCCGUGUGGUGGGCCGGGCGCCUGCAAGCUGACUUCGGUCACCAGCUGGACAGUGUUUCCUCCGACACAUUGGUGCGGCUGGCUUCCAGGUUAAGCGAGCAGUGUGUCAAGAAGCAGUGUGGCUUGGCAGGGCCGUGUUUCGGAGGACGCAUGGCUCUCGACCUUCGCCUCUCCCGAGUCUGUAGGGGAGUUGCAGCGAUGGGACAAGACUACCAAUUGGAUAUCACGAAAAAGGGGUAAAAGUACAAACAAAAAAUAUAUCAUGACAAAAGCUUAACUUCUCCUCAAAGUCCCCUUCAUUAAAGCCUGACAACAAGGGAGAAUCUCUUUAUGGUAAUAAUUUAAAAAGCCACCCUACUAUUUUGUAAAUGCCCCCCCCCCCAGUGAAGAUUCUCUCUCUCUCUCCCCCUCUCUCUCUCUCUCUCUCUCUCUCUCUCUCUCUCUCUCUCUCUCUCUCUCUCUCUCUCUCUCUCUCUCUCUCUCUUUCUCUCAGGCUGUUUGUCAUCUAAGGGGGAGGACAGGCUGUUCAGGAAGUUAUUCAGGAGAUACAACCAGUUCAUCAGACCAGUGGAGAAUGUCUCUGACCCUGUUACUGUGGAGUUUGAGGUGUCCAUGUCCCAAUUGGUCAAAGUGGUGAGACUCACCUGCAUCAUUACUGGAGCAAAUAAGGAUAUACCUUUGACCGAAUUACUUGAUUACGUACAGGCUAGGACAUCAUGUUCAUUUUAUUUCCAUCUCUUCUCAGGAUGAAGUCAAUCAGAUUAUGGAGACCAAUCUAUGGCUGAGACAUGUAAGUCAAGUUAUCAUCUGAUCUAAGAACUGAAGUCUAAACCCCAGUACAGAAGUUAGUAGAGUAUGCACUGUUAAAAUCUGGUCUAAGAUCUGUUUUCUCCUCUCUUUGUUGCAGGUCUGGAAUGACUACAAGCUAAAAUGGGUUCCCAUUGAAUAUGACGGACUUGAGUUCAUUCGUGUGCCCUCCAAUAAGAUAUGGAGGCCGGACAUUGUUCUCUACAACAAGUGAGCUCAAUAUCUUAACUAUGUACAUUAUAUUGAUGUUCUCUUGUUGCUUUUUAACCAUCAGUGCUAAAUGCUACGCUAACCAUCACCCAUUGUCUCCUCUCCAGUUCUGUGUGUGUUUUUUUAGCCAUCAGUGCUAAAUAAUAUGCUAACUAUCAUAUCUCCCCUCUCUUCAGUGCUGUGGGAGAUUUCCUGGUUGAGGACAAGACCAAAGCUCUGCUGAAGUUUGACGGCACCAUCACCUGGAUCCCCCCCGCCAUCUUUAAAUCCUCCUGCCCCAUGGACAUCACCUACUUCCCGUUCGACUACCAGAACUGCUCCAUGAAGUUUGGCUCCUGGACCUACGACAAGGCCAAGAUCGACCUGGUGCUCAUAGGGUCAAAGGUCAGUAAUCACACUGGUUAGCUAGUUUACUAACUCAUUUGCUAGCUAGUUAGCUAACUCCACAUUAAGAAAAUGGGCUGUGUUUUUUGGCUAAUUCAAUGUGGCUGGGUUUAUGGUUUACUUAGUACAUUUCAACAGGAAGUACUUCCUGGUCUUUUUUAUGAUGUAAUCUCAGUCGAAGCCCUCUUUAUUUCCUAGGAUAGAACUCGGCUCUGCUUUACUGCUAAUGUACUACAGUCUCUCCAUAGGUGAACCUCAAAGACUUCUGGGAGAGCGGCGAGUGGGAGAUCAUUGACGCGCCGGGCUACAAACACGACAUCAAGUACAACUGCUGUGAGGAGAUCUACCCAGACAUCACCUACUCUUUCUACAUCAGACGCCUCCCUCUCUUCUACACCAUCAACCUCAUCAUCCCCUGUCUCCUCAUCUCCUUCCUCACCGUCCUCGUCUUCUAUCUCCCCUCUGACUGUGGAGAGAAGGUGACUCUCUGUAUCUCCGUCCUCCUGUCCCUCACUGUGUUCCUCCUGGUCAUCACUGAGACCAUCCCGUCUACGUCUCUGGUCAUCCCCCUCAUCGGGGAGUACCUCCUCUUCACCAUGAUCUUCGUCACCCUCUCCAUCGUCAUCACUGUGUUCGUGCUGAACGUCCACUACCGUACGCCCAUGACUCACACCAUGCCAGCCUGGGUCAGGUCUGUGUUCCUGGGGUUGCUGCCCAAGGUGAUGCUCAUGAGGAGGCCUGUAGACCACGGCUGCCCCUCCUCCGUGGGGAGUGGGAGAGGAGAUGGAACAGGAGGGGGGAGUAUUGGAGGUGGAUGUGUGGGAGGAGGAGGAGCGAGUGGAACGGGGAAGAAGAGGAAGAACAGCAUUGGGGGAGGAAUAGGGGGAGGGAUAGGAGGAGGGUGUGUGCAGGUGGAUGGGUUUGCGGUCGCAGCCGAAAGGGGGCAGGUGGGGGAGAUGAACUGUGUGGAGUACAGUGAAGUGCAAAACAAGCCGAAGUUCCCCUGUAAGGGGAAAGAGGUGCCCAUCCCCACCGUACCCCCGGUGGUGCCCCCUCCUGCCCCUUCUGAGCCGGACCUACCCAAACUGCCCCAAGCACCCAAUGCCCCGCCCAACGUUAGCGCAGUGGUGGCCUUCUCCGUGGUGUCACCAGAGAUCAAACAGGCCAUUGAGAGUGUCAAGUACAUCGCUGAGAACAUGAGGACACGCAACAAGGCCAAAGAGGUAGGACACUUUGGGUUAUUACAUAGUUAUUCUUCAGUAACUACAGAUACAUGCUCUGAAGUGUAGUUCUCUGUGAGCUGAGGUUUUGGAUUACAUCUCUAAUAGUGAAAUGAAGAGAGCAGAAGCAUUCCCUAGUCAUUCUCCCUCUUGCAGCUUGUCCAGUGGAAGUGGUAUAUGAAAUACAAGCAGUAAUUGGAAUUCAGCAAAUGUGCUGGGCCAUGCACACACACACACGCACACACACACAACACACACACACACACACACACACACACACACACGGUACAUCCUUACACACACAGAUUCACAUGAAUCCAUGCAAACACAAUUUCACAUACACAUACUCACACACAAAUAUUUUUACACACCUAGACCAAAACAAACCCAACUGAGGCAGGGUUUUCUCUGAUAGAGAGCCUAACUGAAGCAGGGGCCUGAGGGCAAAAAGUGUUGUGAAAUCUGUGAAUUUAUUGUCAAGGCAGCAGCUAAUGGGGAUCCAUAGUAAAACAAAUACAAAUACUCCAUGGGGUCUUAUUCCUGGUUUCUACCUGGUUUAAUCUGCACAGCUGUUUGUGAGAUAGCUUUAGUAAGAUUAGCUCUCCCUUUCUCUCUCUCUCUCUCUCUCUCUCUCUCUCUCUCUCUCUCUCUCUGCAUCUGGCUGAUACGCUUGUUGUUGCUCCGUCUUUUCGUAGUCUUUUCUUAGUCUUUUCUUAGUAAGGCCUGAUCUCAGUGUUGAAAUGAUGCACACAGAACAGCCAUACACCCUUCAGGAGACAAUGGCAUUACUUCACCCUGAAACCUGAUGUGAAACCAGUGGGCCAAAGCAGGCUGCUUCAGGAAAACACACACACACACCUGGCCUGACCCAGUCCUCAUAAAUGCUAUAGGGAUCAAGGAAACCUGGUAUUUCUCUCUCUCUCUGUCUCCUUCAGUCUGUCUCGUUCUCUUGCUGUUUUUACGGCCGUCAAAGUAACACAUAUCCUAAUUUGCAAAUUCCUUGCGGGAUGCUAAACACAGCAUAGACAUCCUUUAGCACAGUGAUCUGAAGCCAAUGGGAUGCCUUUAUUGGAGCUAGGAAUCUCCUCGCAGCAUUUUCAGAUGUCAUUAAGGAAAGGUCAAUGAGUCUGUCAGAGAAGGAGAGAGGAGAGAGAGGGAGAGGGCGAGAGAGAGAGAGAGAGAGAGGGAGAGAUGAGGGUGAGGGACCUCAGAGAGGAAGGAGGAGAGGAGAGAGAGGGGAGAGGGAGAGAGAGAAGGAGGGAGGAGAGAGAGAGAGAGGAGAGAGAGAGAGAUGAGAGAGAGGAGAGAGAGAGAGAGAGAGAGGAGAGGAGGAGAGAGAGAGAGGAGAGAGAGAGAGAGAGAGAGAGAGAGAGAGAGAGAGAGAGAGAGACGUUUUUGUGUGUAUUUAUUACUUUCCUUAUGAACUUUCAAAUCCCUGCUUAACCCUUUCCUCACAUCCCUUUCCUUCAUUGUCUUACAGUAUUUCCAAUUGCCUUUAAUGAUCUGUGAUCCCCUGUCCUCUGACGAGCUCUGUCCUCUCUCUCCCAGGUGGAGGAUGACUGGAGUACGUAG